AUGAGCAUCUUGGAGCUCACAGAGUCUAGUUCUCACGACAGUGAGCCAAGUCAUGCUCAGGCUACCGUUGACAUUGUAGCGGUCCACGGUCUCCACGAACAAGCCCGUGAGACCUGGACAGACCCAGCCAGCGGAACAUUAUGGCUACGCGACUUGUUCCCUCACCGGGCACAGAACGCCAGGAUACUGGCAUACGACUACCCAGUCCAGAGUUUGAUCUCUUCCGGAGAAGGCUCUGCGUCCCAACUCCUCCCACUUGCCACCAGCCUGGUUGCGGAACUUGCAGCCUACCGCUGGCAUGACAAUGGAAUGGAGCGCCCCCUCAUCUUCAUAGGGCACGGCUUCGGUGGAUUGCUGAUUAAGAAAGCGUUGGUGCAUGCUUCAGCACAUCGUUCGAAGGAAAUGGAAAGCUCAAUCUACACCUCAACAUUUGCGAUCCUGUUCAUGGGAACUCCUCAUCGAGGAAUGGAGAAAUCUUUCUUAUUCGCGCCGAACAACCUGAUCUCCACAGUCAAUCGACGCUUCCUCAACAGUCUACUUAGAGAUUCACCCUUUCUCACCGAAGUCACAGACCAGUUUGCACCUGUCAUGAAAAGGUUCACCAUUUUUAACUUCUGGGAGGAGAUCAUGACCACUGUGGGCAAUAUUAGAACCUUCGUUGUUCAUGAAGACUCUGCGGCACCCGCCUGGGACAUUGACGAGCGCUGCGGUAUACAGGCCACACAUUCUGGAAUGGUCAAGUUCAAGAGCAAGCAUGACAGUGGCUAUCGAGUCGUGCACGCGGCCUUGAUCCGGUAUCAGCGCGACGCGCUCUCUUUGAUUCAGUCGCGGUGGAGGGAUGAGCUUUCUCAGCGCUCCGCUGAAAGAGAGCAACAGGCAACUGAGCUCAGGAUGCAGAACCAACGUCAGAGCAGUCCUGCUCAAAAGCUGGCAAUGGGCUGUGGAGCAACCGAACGUCGAGAGUACGUCGUCCCUCAUGCGUCAACGAACUUCUUCAUUGGAAGACAUGUGCAUGCGAAGGAGGCAAGGGAGGCCCUUGGACCAGUCGAAGAAGGACCCGCAUGGCGCAAACCCAAAGUGCUUGUUGUCUGCGGACUUGGUGGUGCCGGAAAGACCCAAUUCGUCCUCAGAUACGCGGAGGAAGCCCGAUCUGUCUAUUGGGGCGUCUUUUGGAUCGACGCAUCAAGCAUUGAGGCAUUGGACUCUGGACUCGCUUCUUUGGCAAUGAUGUAUGGCAAGGGGUCGACGCCACCCAGUGCCGUCCAUUGGCUGUCGACGUGUCUGAAACCCUGGUUACUAGUCUUCGACAAUGCAGACGAGCUGGACAUGGACAUAUCUCGAUACUUCCCACCGGGAGGAAAUGGCCAUAUUAUGGUAACUACGCGAAAUCCAGGAGCCAAUGUGUACGCUACCGUGGGUUGCAUGAGACUGAGCGGCAUGGACCCGGAGGAAGCCAUCACGCUGCUCCUGCGUGCCGCGUACCCAGAACCUGAACCACAGACUCUGGAUCCGACCAGACGAGGUCUCGCACAGGCGAUCGCCCAGCGCUUGGGCUACCUAGCUAUUGCCCUGGCCCAAGCCGGAGCUACAAUUCGCAACAAGAUCUAUACACUAGAAGUCUAUCUUCAUCAUUACCUGGGCCAUCGCAAACUGAUCACAAGUAGACACAACACGUCUGGGACUGUCCAUGCGGACACCAUCACAACGUGGGAAAUACCCUUCCAGAAAAUUGCUGCACGACAGUCCACCGAGUAUCAAGAUGCUGUGGAGUUGGUGCACAUCUUCGCUUUUUUACAUUUCGAGUCUAUCCCAGAAAAGAUUUUCCGGAGAUCAUGGCACGACUUGCCUAGCGUUUCGUCAACGAAGAUGUCAUACCCUCGGCUUCUUCAGAUGGACGGGCCGUGGGAUGAAGAGGCCCAAGCUAGGUUCCGGCGUGCGAUACGAAUACUGUAUGAUCACUCUAUUAUCGAUCACGAUCCAGACAGCGAGACUUGUUCCCUACAUCCCGUCGUGCAUCAAUGGGCUCAAGAGAGAAUGGCUGAGACAGAUCAAAUGAAAUGGCUAACUUGUACAAGUGCCAUCUUGUCCCACUGCGUCUCCCCUCACCUAGAGGCUUCAGGACAGCAAUUUCGUAGGUCUCUCUUGCCUCACAUCGACGCUUGUUUACGGGAGCUUCGCUUCCACUGUCAGACGCUGCCAGAUACUCUGUCAAGAGCUGCUGAGGUUGAGAGAUUCGCGUCUGUGUACGCCGAGAACGGGAGAUGGAAACAUGCCCGAGCUCUGCAACAAAGCGUGUUGGACCUCAGGAGGAAAAGGCUGGGCAGAUGGCAUGAGGAAACGCUCAGGAUCCAGCAGAGCCUGGCCCACACAGAUUGGAACCUCUUUGAGGUGGAAUCUGCUAUUUCAAUACAGAGGGCCGUCUUGAUCACUCGAUGGUGGCUGCGGCCAUCUCUGAAGCAUUGGCUUCUAUGGCCUCCUUGGAAGCCAACCCAUAUCGAAUACUGUCUGGCUUUGGAUGACCUGACCCUCACAUUGUGGCUAGCCGGUUUGCGGGAAUUGUCCAAGCGAACCGGAGAGCGGGCGGUUCGAGGUCUCAUCAAGAUCCUGGGGCCUGACGAUCCGCGAACCUUGAAUGCAAUGUUCAACCUUGCUCGGACUUAUUUACACAUGGGCCAGCACCAAAUCAGUCACAAGUUGCUCGUACGAGUGUUGGUCAAGCGCAAGAAGCUUUUCGGGAUGAACCACCCCGAUACGCUCAUGACAAGGAAUGAACUGGGGAUGAAUAUCUGUGCGCAGAAAAUGAGGCUAGCCGUUGCAGAAAGGCUGGUCGCAAAUGUCGUCGAAUCCCGAAAACAAAUAUUGGGAGAAGAGCAUGCAUACACUCUGUGGUCGAUCAACGACUUGGCCAAAGUCUUGUGUGAACGACAGAAGGCGACACAGGCCGUCGACAACCUCGAGGCCAUCAUUCCCGUAGUCGUACGCACGUUGGGUGAAAAGCACGUCGGUAUGACCAUGACCAAAUCAAAUCUUGCCCGUGCCUACGUCCUCUGCGAGCGAUGGGCUGAAGCAGAGACCCUGCUGACUGGCUUGGUCGACGUUAUCCCUCCACGGCACCCCGACUCCAUUCACAAUCGGUCAGGACUUGUCCAUGUGAAGAUCCGUAUGGGCAAGCUUGCAGAGGCGGAGCGAGACUGUCUUGCGCUGGUCGAUGAUGUCGAAUGCAAGAAGAUCAUUGACCCGGAUAGUCCUCGCGCGGGUAUCAUCUACGAGCAGUUGCUGGAGAUAUACCAAUUGCAGGACCGUGGUGCAGAGCUCGAGGCUGUUCGUAAAAAGGUGCCUUCCAUUCAACCCCCGGCGGCAAAGAAACGCUUCGAUAUGUUGCCUGUGCACAGACUCUUGAGGAGAGAAAGCGAACUCGAACUGUUUGAAUAG